GCAGGAGAACUGUCUCAUCUGGAGUACUCUGUGUGGCAACCAAACCCUGGAUUUGGGUUUUUUAUAAAUUGGAUCUACCUCUAUUGUUCGAACACAUUUGACAAUAAAACAGGAAUAUACUUUUGACAUCUGAAAACUUCCAACUCUCACAUCUAAAAGAUGUUUCCCUGGUCUGUUGUUUUCUCCCUGGAGCCAAAGGUCCCUGGCCAACGUACUCCAGGGGAGCUGGUGACCAACACAUUGAUGUUGGAGCUGGGUGCCAUGGUGAAACGAACCGAACGUAUCAGGCUGGAGAAGGAAACAGAGAUCCGUAGGCGUCGCAACUCUUCCUCUGCAGAUUACAGCUGGCUGGCCGGACCUCAGCCUCGAGUACCCUACGAGCUCACACCAGGAGAUGUUCUGGACCUGCAAGACCUGUGUGCCCAAAUCCCACCCCAACAGUGUGGUCCUGUUAUUGUCAGGUUCCGGAAACUAGUGUCAGAGAUUGAGCCAGAUGUGCAUGAAGUUCCAAAGCUGUUCCGGAGUGCCCUGCAAAACUGUCUGGAUGAGAUUCAGGGAGAUGCAGAACUCCAGGAUCGGGCAAACCGUUGGGAGAAACAGCGAAGUAAGAGCCUUUCCUUUGUCACAUUCCGAUCCAAGUUCCGCACCCUGAACCGCAGGAAGGGAACCUUUGGUGGUUCCCGCAACAACCUGCAAGAGGAGAACACGUGGUCUGAUGAAGACGAGGAGGCAACGGAGCAGGUGGCGACCGCCAUGCGCACCAGGAAGGGGCGAAGUCUGAGCAUGCCAGAGAUCACCCCACUCGAAGAGGCUGCCCAGAGAUGAACACGAAGGAAGAUGGACUGGAAGAUGGAAAGACGUCUAAGGCAAGAAGGCAAUGGAAGGCAUGAAAGAAAGACAUUUGAAAAGAACUGCAGACUUUAAGGCAUUAGGGAUGAGACUAAAAGGAGGAAGGCAAAGAAAAUAGAAGCGAAGAGAGGACAAAUCUGUCUGAAAAAGACUAGAAUUUGUGCUUUCAGAUUGUUAAAAUAUUGUUAAUUUGUUAAUCAUACCAAAGAACACAGGUAUAGGCAUAUGUAAGAAGCCUAUAGUCUUUUUUAAACUUUUUGAAAAAAAUUACAAUUGACAUGUAAGUAUUUGGCAAAAAUGUGUGUAUAAUGUUUAAGACCAUUUAAUUUUUCUUUAAAGCUACAUGAGAACCCUGCAGUAGAGAUCAACCGAUAUGGGUUUUUAAAUGGCCAAUACUGAUAUCGAGAGAGCAGGAUGGCUGAUGUCCUAUAUUAUAACAAUAAUAAUAAUACAAUUCAAUGAUGGCAAAUUUAUGGGAAUUACACGAACACUUAAUUUACAAAAUGUUUACACAAAAUGUCCCCAAAUCUUUGAAAAGCAAAAUUUAAGAAUUUAAUCAUGUGCAGGAAAUUAAUUAUAGAUAUCUAUCUUUCAAUUUUCACUAUAUAAAUGCUUAUUCUUGAUAUCAGCAAUAGAAAUUACUAGUGAAAAUGAAAAUUUUUGCUAUCAGCAAUUAUGUUUGCACUAGUAAAAAUGUUGAUUCUUGAUAUAAAAAAAUUAUGACAUUAUGAAAAUACCCAUUCUUGGUAUCAAAAAUGGAAUUUCAACUAGUAAAAACAUUAUUACAGUUUUCUGUAACUGCAUUUUUACUUUGAUCUGUCAUUCCCUCCUGUUCAAAGCACAAUUACAGAUAUCUAUAAUUAAUUUCUUACUAGUUAUUAGCAAUUUCACAUAUCAGCAAUGUGGAAAAUUAUGCAUUUUUACUAGUUGCAACUCAUUUGCACUAGUAACAAUGUAAUAAUUGAUAUAAAAAUAGAUAAUUUUUACUCAUAAAAAAUACAUAGCUGAUGUGAGCAUUUGGACUUUGAACUAUUAAGAAAUGUAUUAAAGAUAUCUGUAAUUGCAUUUCGAACAGGAGUGAAUGACAGAUCAUUUUGAAAUUCUACUAGUAAAAAUUCUUAGUUAUGCUUUUUACUAGUUAAAAUUAUUUAUUUUUUUACAUCAAGAAUGUGUAUUUCUGAGUAAUGUUAUUUUGAUAUAAAGAAAAUAAUGUUUAUACUAGUGCAAACCUAAUUACUGAUAUUACAAAUUUGCAUUUCCACUAGUAGUAUUUAUCAAGAAUUAGCAUUUAAACUAGUAAAAAUUGAAGUCAAUUCAGCUUGCCAUACCACUUUUUAAUACGUUAAGCAGGCAGUUAAUUUCAAAUUGGGCAAUUAUUGGCCGUUUUAUUGGCCGGACCAAUACAUGUCUAUCACUACUGUACUGCAAACAAAAAGCAACAUUAGCAACAAUCAGUUUCUCAGAUGUGUUUUAAUAUGUACUAUUUGUCCUUUACAUAACAACAGUGUUCAGUUUAUACAAGAAAUGCAGAUCAUUCAGCUAAAAAAAGCCUGGAAAGUCUUCAUAAAAAGUGCACAUUAAAUAAUACACUGUACAUCGUUCAUGAAUUUGAGUUGAGAGCAUGUGGUAUCUGUGUGUGUGAGACAGUCUGUGAUAGAGUUGAAAACACUUAUUUCUCCUCCUGUUUUAUUAUUCACAGCAUCACAGCAUGAGAGAGCUGAUCAUAUGUUUUUGUAAACUGGCUCUCUGUGCCGGCAGCCUAAAUGUUCAUUGGCCAAAGCUGCUCUUCACAAAAGACUUAACUGCAUCCACCACUCACUUAUUAGAGUACCGAUGCGCUUUGUCAGCAGACGUUCACUUCCAGUUUCACUCAGAACAACUGACACAUGCAACUUUUCUUUGCAAUGAUUUGGAACUACUAAACUGGUCCUGAUGUGAUGAACGCACAGUUUGAAGCUUUAAAAACAUUUGAAGUCUCAUUAAACUGCAGCGUCACCUCUUAAAGUCACUAGUAAGCAGUUAUUAUCCUGUUAAAAAAAAAAAAAAAAAAAGAAAGAACUGGUCUUCAUUUGCACCUCAUUUAUUCCUGCAUGGAGUGGAACAAAAUCACAAGACCAGAUGACUUCAUCAUACUCAUCCUUAUGUUUUUGGCAGAAUCAAACUAAAAUUAUUAAAAUAAAGAAAUUGAAAGUUCCUAACAGUGUGUAAUUUUACAGGUCCAGCAAGAAAUGUCCAUUUCACAUAAAAAUAAAAAUACUGUAUAUA